AUCAAGGUUUCGAAAGAACAUGAAGUAGUUACCAGUAGUAGUAGGUGACGAACUUGAAGUGUUUAACAAUAAUAAAAUUUAAUUCCAACUUUUUUUUUCGAGCUUGUGACGUGCUUACAGACUCCGCUGUGCGUAUUUUGAUGGACAUCUGUGCUGGUAGUUGCAAAAAGGGAGAUUUCGGUAAAAUGGGCGAAAAUUUGGCUUCCAUCGACGAUUUCGAGAAGUACGCUUAUACGGUGCUGCCCAAAAAUGCCCUGGAUUAUUACAGGAGUGGAGCAGGUGCGCAAACUACACUGGCCGACAACAAGAGCGCAUUUUCAAGGUACAAGCUGAGACCUCGUAUUUUGAGGGAUGUGUCGAAAAGAGAUCUGUCAACAACUGUCCUUGGUGGACAGGUUUCGAUGCCUAUUGGAAUAGCCCCUACAGCAAUGCAAAGAAUGGCCCAUCCAGAGGGAGAGCUGGCUAACGCUAGGGCCGCGCAAGCUAUGGGCACCAUCUAUAUUUUGAGCACUCUUGCAACCAGCAGCAUAGAAGAAGUUGCAGAAGCUGCACCCGAUUGUACUAAAUGGUUUCAGCUGUAUAUUUUCAAAGACAGAUCUGUCACGAAGGAUUUGGUAUUGAGGGCCGAAAGAUCUGGAUUUAAAGCCUUGGUGCUGACUGUCGAUGCUCCAGUUUUUGGGAUAAGGCUGGCUGAUGUCAGGAAUGGCUUCAACCUGCCUCAACAUCUCAGGUUAGCCAAUUUUACGAACGUCAAUUUGGAUAAAUUUGAUGACAAAGCCGAUGGAUCUAAACUGACGGCCUAUGUCGCAUCCUUAUUCGAUUCCACAUUGAACUGGGAGGAUAUCAGAUGGUUGAAAUCGAUAACCAAACUGCCGAUCAUAUUGAAAGGUAUAUUGACAGCCCAGGACGCCAUUUUGGCUGUGGACGCCGAAGUUGACGGUGUCGUAGUAUCGAACCAUGGGGCACGCCAGUUGGAUGGAACCUUUGCCACUAUUGAUGUAUUGGAAGAAGUUGUGAAGGCUGUCGAUGGGAGGGUUGAAGUUUACUUAGAUGGAGGUGUUAGGGAUGGUACAGAUGUGUUCAAGGCUAUAGCUCUCGGGGCCAAAAUGGUAUUCCUAGGGAGGCCAGCAUUGUGGGGUUUGGCACACAGCGGUGAAGAAGGCGUGAAAAAAAUGCUGAGAAUAAUCAGACAUGAAUUCGAUACUGCCCUAGCACUGUGCGGUUGCACAAGUAUUGGAGAAAUAAAAAGAUGCAUGGUGCUUUUCGAAUCUAAAUUGUAGUAUUGUAUCCCAGAAUACAUUCUUCGGUGCCAUAACUAAACUAACCAAAGUCGAAGGAGAGUAAUUCGUAUUAUAUCUGUACAUUAUUCAACUAAUAUCCCUCUCGAAUGGAGAAAUGAUUAUUUGGACAUUUCUUUUUUCUAAUGUUCUGCUCCAUAUCACUAAUUUGAGUGAAGAAAUUAUAAAUAUACUUGCUUACAA